AUGAGUUUGGUAGAGACGGUCGUGCCCCUAAGGGAUCUGCUUCUGCUGUUGGGGCUGUGGGCCCUCCUGGGUCCAGUCCGAGGCUUCCACGGCCGCCCCUCAUGGCACUAUGUCUCCUCUGAGGUGGUGAUUCCCAGGAGGCACACGCACUAUGGCAAAGGCCUUCAGGUGCCAGGCUGGCUCUCCUACAGCCUGCGCUUUGGGGGCCAGAGGCACAUCAUCCAUCUACACAGAAAAACGGAGUUCGUCAGCAGACAGCUGCUGCUGGUGACACAGAACGACCAAGGUGGCAUGCAGAUGGACUACCCCUACAUCCCUCUGGACUGUCACUACAUCGGCUAUGUGGAAGAAGUUCCUCACUCAAUGGCCCACAUCGAUACGUGCUACGGAGGCCUGGAAGGCAUCAUGAAGUUGGAUGACCUCACCUAUGAGAUCAAGCCCCUCAAGGAGUCUCUGACUUUUGAGCACAUUGUGUCUCAGAUAGUGGUGGACGUCAAUUUGACAGAGCCUAGAUCCAGACCCAGAGAGAAGGAGCACUCAUGGUCCGAUGGAGCUAAUGCCACUGCAAGCCCCCGGAUCCCUAGCAAAGUGUAUAUAUUCCAUCCUUUCAGAAUAUCAGGCCAUCUUCAAAGUACACAUGAGGUAUACAAGAAAUAUGACAACAAGACAGAGUGUGUGAAAUUUAUGAUGACACUGGCUGGUGGAGUGCAAGCAAUACUUGAAAAUCUGUCUGUGAGGUACAGUGUCGCUGUUUUGACGGUGUAUGAUGUGCGCAACCCCAUGGACAUGAGUGAUUAUAGGGUGCCAGAGAGUCCCUAUGCUCAGUAUUUCAUGCGGGUUGUCUAUCGUACAUGGGGGUGCUCCUCAAACUUCGUAAUAUUUUUGCAAGGACCGUAUGAAUUAGACGUGGCUCCACCCAAGUACAGCACGUGCAGUAUGCAAAACCUGGUCUUUCUUGGUCUGAGGGGUAGACACACAUUCACAGUAUCUGUUGUAGGAGCACAGCAGGUUGGGAGAUCUCUCGGUCUAAACUAUGAUGAACGCUAUUGCCAGUGCCAGAGAAGGGCCACCUGCAUAAUGCACAAACACCCUGUGCUGACAGAUUCAUUCAGCAAUUGCUCCUACGUGGACCUGGCACACAUACUUACACUUGCGUCAGCAGAGUGCCUAUAUGUUGAAAAUUUUACAUAUUAUAAUAAAACCUAUACGGAGUAUAUUUGCGGGAACAGAAAAAAGGAAGGACAGGAGGAUUGUGACUGUGGAUCCUUCAAGCAGUGCUAUGACAACACAUGUUGUGAAAGCUCCUGUGUCUUUACGCCCGGUAGCAUUUGCGAUGGGCAAGUCUGCUGCGGGAACUGCACCUAUGCCCCUGCAGGGACGCUCUGCAGAGGCGUGCUCAAUAUCUGUGACCUUCCAGAGUACUGCGGUGGAAGCACAUUCUUCUGUCCAGAAAACCUGUAUCUGCAGAACGGAACCCCGUGCACCGAAGAGGGCUACUGUUACAACGGAAACUGUACUGACCGCACCAUGCACUGCAGAGAAAUCUUUGGAAGAAACACCAGAAAGGGUGAUGAUAUCUGCUAUCAAAUGAACACAAAGGCCAGCAGAUUUGGGCAUUGUAACAGGAGAUAUGUAGGACUCGCAUUUGAGAGGUGUCCAAUAAGCGACAUUCUUUGCGGAAGGCUGCAGUGUAGCAAUGUAACCCACCUUCCCCGGGUGGAUGAACAUGUUUCAUUCCAUCAGUCUAAGCUUGGAGACUCUUGGUGCUUUGGACUAGAUGAGCACCGUGGUGCAUUCGCUCGGGACCUUGGAUUUGUGCGAACUGGUACUCCCUGUGCUCCAGGAAAAUACUGUCAUUAUCGUCGCUGCAAUAACACUGUGCAAAAAAUAAACUACGACUGUACACCAGAGAAGUGUAAUUUUAGGGGAGUUUGCAACAACAAAAGGCAAUGUCACUGUCAUACAGGUUGGUCUCCUCCACUGUGCCUAUCAAGAGGUGCCGGUGGCAGUGAGGAAAGUGGACCACCUCCGAGAGCAGUGCGGGAAGUCACACAGAACCCGGAGCCCGUGCACUAUUUGAGAAUCAUGGUUGGUCGCAUUUAUGCGUUCAUAGCGGCGCUGCUCAUUGGGGUGGCCAUGAACGUGCGGACUGUCAAGACUGCCACAGUUCAGGAACAGGGGCGGGGUGCCUGUCAGAAGGGACUGGGUCUGGUGCUGCCCCCUGCAGGACACCAGUGGGCUGGGGUCGGCCUUGGAGUUCUGCUUCUCCGAGCCUGGGCUGUGGGCCCUGCUGCCAAGCAGACCGAGGCUGCGGUGGCUGUGGUGCUGUGCAUUCGCCACGCAGCACCUUCAGGUCUGUGGUUUCCAACCUCUGGGGCCAUCUCAGCCUUGUGCGUGCUGCAUGAGGGUGGCAGUGUCCAGUCCCACAGAUGCGGUGAGGAACGUGGCGGCCUGGGUCAGAUCGACCCCCGUGCAAAGAGGGCACUGGGAGGCACCUUGCUGAUAAACUUCCAUUUGGAGACCUUGUAUAGGAAACGGAAGAGCAGCAAUGCCACGCUCAAUGGCAUUUUAGGAAACUACCGUGGCAAAUGA